AUGGUUAUCACUUCUAAUUUCCACCUCUACGCAGACGACUUGCAGCUUUACCGUCAUUUCAAGCUGUCAGAGGUCGACUCUGCAAUUGAAGCCAUGAACCGUGACCUGGGUGGGGUCGACGAGUGGGCCAAAUCCUUUGGCCUGCAAAUCAACCCCCUCAAGUCCAAGGCUAUGAUAAUUGGUGGUAGGUUUUACCGCAACGCAUUGAGCAUCUCUGCCCUUGAUCCUUUGAUCCUAAAUGGCAAUGUUAUCCCUUACACUGAUGUUGCCAAGAAUCUGGGCGUGUUUAUUAAUUCUAACCUUUCGUGGGGUGAACAGGUGAACGAGAUCAGUCGUAAAGUUCAUUUCUCUUUGCAUUCGCUGAAGCGUCUCCAGUCUCUUCUACCUCUGAAAACGAGGAUCAACCUUAUGCAGUCUCUGAUCCGUCCAUUGAUCGACUACGCUGAUGCUUGCUAUUUGGAUGCCACGGAGGAGCUUCUAAAUAAACUUGAGCGCUUGCAAAAUGUCUAUAUAUCAAUUGCUCUACUGACUCCUACUGAGGGUACAACGCAUAUACCAAUGUAA